UGGACUGGGCAUGCCAAGCACAGCGGGACCGAGUUGGGCGAGGGCAUCGAUCAGCUCAAGUUCGAGCUCCAGGGACUCCAGCUGCCCAUCCAGAUCAAGAAGCUUGGCUACGUCGCCUCUUCCAGCCGUGCCAGCAGGGCUUUCCGCUCGGCGGCGCGAGCCAGGCAGGUCAUGGGCUUGCCGUGGAUUCGGAACCUUGGCCACGAGUUAGCAGGCCCCAAGGCCGCUGGGAUCACGCCGUCCGUCACGCACGGGGCCUCGGUCAGCGGGGUCUCAGACGCGGUGCUUAAGGCGAUCCGAUCGGUUGCUGCGCUGCUGGCAGGAGUGCGCCCAACGGGUAGCAUAUGCAUGGGCAUGCUCAUGCAGGACCAGCCCCUCUACGAUCCACUGUAUGCGGCGACCACCAGCAUCGUUUUCAUGUACGCGAGCAUGCUGUGGGAAGGUCGGGUGGAAAUGCAAGCUCCCGGUGGCACUUGGGAGUUCGUCAGCGGGCAGAUGAGCGCACAGCCUAGCUGGAGCCGAGUGCGUGGCCCUCUCGGGGCCCUGUGGCUUACCUUGCAUCGGAUCGGUUGGCGGUUUAGUUCAGCGGCCACCUUCGAGUCCGACCUUGGCACUGUCCUCGACCUGAAUCAGAUGGCGCCCAGAGACGUUCGCGACCAGGUCGUCCAGGGUGUCACGCGCUGGCUGUUGGCGCGCGCUGAGAACCACAUCGAGACACACAAUGGCGAGCAGUUCUGGCACCGCGGCAUCAGGCGGUGCGUGGAGAAGGCAGUUCGGGGCCCUUCCGAACGCGGCUCGCUGCAGUGCGUCUGGACUGAUGCGAUGUGGCCUCGGCAGAAAAAGUAUGAGAAGCGUUUGAUUGACUGUGGUAGGUGCCUAGCCUGCGGUGCUGAACGAGAGGCAAACGGCCAUCGCCUGUACAAAU